UUUAGUUCAUCAGAAUAACUCUGAGGAUGAAGUGCCUUUGCUUGACAUUCAGUUUUUUAUUUGUGAAUCUUGUUACCUCUAUGCCUAUCUUUCCUCAAAUUGAAGCAAAGGAAAUGUUUCAAAAUGACUUGAACUAUGCACAGGUUUGUAAUACUUAGCAAUCCUUCACAGAUUGUUGAAAUGUUGAAAUACAUUAAACAGUUCUAUACCUUUGGAGAUGGUUCAGAAAAUUUCAUAGAAAGUAAGGACUUCCUAUCAGGAAAGAUUAAAGAACUGCAACAAUUUUAUGGACUGCAGGAAACAGGGGAACUGAACCGUGAAACCAUAGAGAUAAUGAAAGCACCUCGAUGUGGUUUUCCUGAUCUCGCUCACUAUCAACUCUAUCCAGGGAGACCUCGUUGGAGGAAACCAUUUGUCACAUACAAUAUAGUGAAUUAUCUACCUCAACUAAGCUACUUUGAAAUAGAAGAUGCCAUUUGGAGGGCUGUGAAUAUUUGGCAAAAAGCAACCCCACUGAAUUUUGUCAGAGUCCAUAAUUUUGAAGCUGAUAUCAUGAUUUCAUUUGAAGGACGUGUUCAUGGUGAUAAUUUUCCAUUCGAUGGACGUGGAGGUACUUUGGCUCAUGCAUUUUCACCUGGACCGGGUAUUGGAGGGAAUAUUCAUUUUGAUCAGGAGGAGGAUUGGACAAUAGGAGACUAUGGUGUCAACCUAUUUCAUGUUGCUGCCCAUGAAUUUGGUCACGCACUGGGGCUUGGUCACUCCAGGCAUCGUUCUGCUGUGAUGUAUCCUACGUACAAAUACGGUCGAUCAAAUAUAUUCUCUCUUUCAUGGGAUGACAUCAUGGCUGUACAGGAUCUGUAUGGAUUCAUACGAAUGUAUCGUCAACAAUCUGCAGAACCACUAAUAACAGAUAAAUGUGAUUCCUCCACAUCAUUUGAUGCUGCCACCAGUGCACAUGGUGAAAUAUUGCUCUUCAAAAAUAAAUACUUCUGGCGAACAGAACCAAAAGUAGCUGAUGCCAAGUUCAUCACUAUCCAAGAUAUCUGGCAUGGUCUCCCAUCGAGCAUCGACGCUGCUUGUGAAAUUCCUGAGGACGAUAUUAUUUAUUUUUUCAAAGGAUCAAAAUUUUGGACUUACAGCCAUUUUGGACGUAGUCAAAACUCCUCUAAAUCUAUCUCCCUCUUUGGAUUUCCAGCAUAUGUGAAGCAAAUCGAUGCAGUAGUAUUUAUUCAACAGACAAAAAAGCUAAUAUUCUUUGUGGGGACGAUGUACUGGAGUUAUAAUGAUAAAAUAAAGUCUAUGGACUAUGGCUAUCCAAAACAGAUAAAUAGCAGCUGGCCAGGAAUCGAUGACAACAUAGAUGCUGCCUUACAGAAUAAUGGAUUCCUUUACUUCUUCAGUGGGCCACGCCUGUAUGAAUAUGACAGCUGGAGAAGAGAAAUUGUUCGUACGUUAAAUUCUAACAAAUGGUUGGGAUGCUGAGCCUCUGAAUUCAGACUCACUAUACAACGUAUAUUUUAGGCUAAAGGUCAAAUCUCUGUGGCCAAAUGGUUAUAAGGAGGACAGUUCUGCUACAGAAUUUAAUUAAAUAACAUGAUUACAACAAAUCCUUUUAAUGCAUCCAAUGUUUUUUAACAUUGUAACUGUAUUAAAUGAUUGAGCAAUGCUAAAUCUUUAUAAAUAUAAGGUAUUCAAAAGGAUAGAAGUGAAUCCAUGAGCAGUCCAUUGAGCAUCUUUUAUUGAUAGACCACCCCACUGUAUGGUCAGAGUUUAAUGUGUACAAAUGUAACACAAAUAACGUUGGAGGUUGUUCAUUGUUGCGUC